AUGGCCUCACGCACACCUUCAGCGCCCGUCUCGCGCUCAGUGAGCUCUGGCAGCCUCCCCACACGUAGCCCCACCCCUCUCAUGGAACGCUCGCCCCCUGAAAAGGAAAAAGAAGCCGCGAUCAGAGAGGCGUGCGAGAAGGAGCAGGUCAGCACACUCGUCGACCUGGCCACGAGCAACUCGGGUCUUAUCAGUGACAGUUUGCGUCGCACAGCCUGUAAGCCGCGCCCCCACGAGCACAGCGGGUACUCUCCUACACCGAAGUCCUGCUCACCUACACCACAUACACCCCCCCACCGUCCCAUGUCCUCAUACGGGCCAUUGGCUGACUGA